AGCUGUGGUGGUAUAUAACUAGACUUCGAUGGGUGUGAACAAAAUGGGGUCACGGAGUCACGAAAAACUGAGCAUUGGAAUUUAAUUGUUUAUUAAUGACUGACGUGAUCGUGGCGACGCCAGACGCGGUACUGAAGACAAAGGAUUGAUUCUGGUGGCGAACCGACAUCUUCCGAUGACUGAAUACAAACUGGUGGUCGUUGGAGCUGGUGGUGUAGGUAAAAGUGCCUUGACCAUUCAGUUGAUUCAAAACCACUUUGUUGAAGAAUAUGAUCCUACAAUAGAGGACUCAUACAGGAAACAGGUUGUGAUAGAUGGAGAAACAUGUCUUCUCGAUAUCCUGGACACGGCCGGGCAAGAGGAAUACAGUGCAAUGAGGGACCAAUACAUGAGAACUGGCGAGGGUUUUCUGUGUGUAUUUGCUGUGAACAACAUGAAAUCUUUUGAAGAUAUUAGCCAAUACAGGGAACAGAUCAAAAGAGUAAAAGACGCUGAUGAAGUCCCUAUGGUUUUGGUGGGCAACAAGGUGGACCUGCCAUCUCGCUCUGUGAACUCGAAACAAGCGAAGCAGAUCGGCGACAGCUACAGCAUUCCCUACGUUGAGACAUCGGCCAAGACGAGGCAGGGAGUCGAUGAUGCUUUCUACACGCUGGUACGAGAAAUAAGGAAAUAUAAAGACAAGAAAGGCAAAGACAAGAAGAAAAAACCUAGAAAGAAUAGUAAAUGCAUUCUAUUUUAAUUUAUAGAUAUUGAUAAAUAUUUUUACAAUAUUCUGACUUUCAACAACAGCGGAGCUACAUGGAUUUUGUAUAUGUGUUACUAUGGCAACUCUGUUAAUGUUCUGGAAACCGAAUGACUGAUCUCAGUUGGUUUUAGUUCCAGAUUAAUUUCCAGAUGUAAUUAUUGAACCUCUCUUGAACUUGUCGUUACCUACCUGUUGGUAUAAUACACUUAAAUGUUUAAUAUACCUGUGAUACGGUGGAGUUCCACUCUUGAUACCCAUAUUUGAGGGAGUUAAGAUAUCGGAACUAAUAACAGGGCAGCAGUGCUUGCUGAAAGGAGAUUGGGCUUAUAUUAGCGUGUACAGGGGUGUGGAUCUUCCCCUUUUUUUGAUAGACUGUAUAUAUAGUUUAAUUCGAUGUUUUUAGUCUAGAUGCAGGGUCAUCAUAAAUCUAGAGCUUAGUGGACUGAACAUUUUGCACCCCCCUUUUUAAAUUUUUUUUAUCUGUCCCUGCAAUUUUUUUUCUUCUUUAAAAUGUGUUUCUGAGAUUCUCCAAGAUUGCGUUUAGCUUUAGCAAAAAAAAAACUAAACCCAAAAAACAAAACAGACAAAGAAAAAUAUGAUUAAAAUAUUUAUUUAUUUAAAAA